UUAAUCACUUUCUUACCAUAUAAGAAAGAUACAAAUCUGGUAAUAUGAAAAGUUUGGAGAUUUUUGAGUAUUCCGUUGACUGAGAAGUGAAGAGUUGCAGUUGAAGCAAAAGGGUUUUUUUGUUUUGGAAGGAAGAUGGAAGAAGAAGAUAAGAUUGAAGAAGGCAGUGUGAGAUUGUUGGGUUGUAACAGUGGUGGUGAGUCGAGAUGGGUUGAUGGGAGUGAAGUGGAGUCAGAGUCACCACCGUGGUCUGUGCUGCAACCAGACGGUGGAUCAGGAGAUGGGUAUGGAUCCAUGAGGAGGCGCCUUGCGAAGAGGCCCAACAGAUUGGAUUCUUUGGAUGUUGAAGCCAUGGAGAUUGCUUCUGCGCAUGGCUACCACUCUAAAGAUUCUUCAAAUUGGCACAUUAUUGCUUUAGCAUUUCAAACACUUGGUGUGGUGUAUGGUGACAUGGGCACAAGCCCUUUAUAUGUCUUCAGUGAUGUAUUCAGAAAAGUGCCCAUCGAGUCAGAAGUCGAUAUCUUGGGGGCCUUAUCUCUAGUGAUGUACACAAUUACUCUUAUUCCUUUAGCAAAAUACGUUUUUGUGGUGCUCAAAGCCAAUGAUAAUGGAGAAGGAGGGACAUUUGCUCUGUACUCACUGAUUUGCAGGUAUGCCAAGGUCAGUAUGCUGCCAAAUCGUCAGACAGCUGAUGAACAGAUAUCAAGUUUUAAGCUUAAACUGCCCACCCCGGAACUGGAAAGGGCUUUAAAUAUAAAAGAGACUUUGGAAAGCAGAUCUUCCUUGAAAACCAUUCUAUUGCUUUUGGUUCUGAUGGGAACUUCCAUGAUUAUAGGAGAUGGAAUUCUUACUCCUGCAAUUUCAGUGAUGUCCGCCGUGAGUGGUCUACAUGGUGAAAUACGAGGAAUUGAUACAAAUUUUGUUGUCCUUGUUUCAAUCAUACUCCUUGUGGGAUUGUUCAGCAUACAGCAGUUUGGGACUGGAAAAGUGGGUUUCAUGUUUGCUCCUAUAAUUGCUUUGUGGUUCUUCUCAUUGGGAUCUAUUGGUUUUUACAACAUAGUGAAGUAUGAUCUUACCGUCGUAAGGGCAUUCAAUCCAGCUUAUAUCUAUCUCUUUUUCAAGAAGAACAGCAAAUAUGCUUGGUCAGCUCUUGGUGGCUGCGUGCUGUGCAUUACAGGAGCUGAAGCAAUGCUUGCUGAUCUAGGCCAUUUCUCAGUACGAUCCAUACAGAUUGCUUUUACCUGUGUUGUAUUCCCCUGUCUCCUCUUAGCUUAUAUGGGCCAAGCUGCAUAUCUCAUGAAAUACCCUAAUUCUGCUGAAAGAAUAUUCUAUGAUUCUGUACCAGAUAGUCUUUUCUGGCCAGUCUUCAUAAUAGCCACAGUUGCUGCCAUGAUUGCCAGCCAAGCAAUGAUAUCUGCUACAUUCUCAUGUGUCAAGCAAUCAAUGGCUCUUGGAUGCUUCCCAAGGAUGAAGAUAGUUCACACCUCAAAGAAGCUAAUGGGUCAAAUUUAUGUCCCCGUAAUCAAUUGGUUUUUAAUGAUCAUGUGCAUCAUUGUAGUUUCUAUUUUCCGGAGUACUACAGAUAUCGCCAAUGCAUAUGGCAUAGCUGAAGUUGGUGUCAUGAUAGUGACCACCACCUUGGUGACAAUUGUGAUGCUUCUAAUCUGGCAGACCAACUUAAUUCUGGUGUUGUGUUUCCCACUUGUAUUUGGUACAAUAGAGCUUAUCUAUUUGUCCGCAGUUCUAUCAAAAAUCAAAGAGGGUGGUUGGCUUCCCCUUGUUUUUGCUUCUUGCUUUCUCUGUGUGAUGUACAUUUGGAACUAUGGUAGUGUGUUGAAAUACCAGAGUGAGGUCAGGGAAAAGAUAUCAAUGGACUUGUUGCUUGAUCUUGGCUCCACCCUUGGAACUGCAAGAGUCCCAGGUAUUGGGCUGCUAUAUAACGAGCUUGUCCAAGGUAUUCCCUCAAUUUUUGGGCAGUUCUUGCUUAGCCUCCCAGCUAUCCACUCUACUAUAGUGUUUGUUUGUAUCAAAUAUGUCCCAGUCCCAGUGGUGCCUCUUGAGGAAAGGUUUCUGUUUCGAAGAGUUGGCCCAAAAGACUACCAUAUGUUCCGCUGUGUAGCUAGAUAUGGUUACAAAGAUGUCCGGAAGGAAGAUCACCAUGCAUUUGAGCAACUUUUAGUUCAAAGUCUCGAGAAGUUUCUAAGAAGAGAGGCUCAAGAUCUGGCCCUGGAGAGAAAUUUAUUUGAGCCAGACUUGGACAGUGCUUCUGUGAGCUCGAUGGAUCAUGAAGUACUGGGUGGUUAUGGGAAUGAGGAGCUUGGGAUUCCACUGAUGCAUGAUAGGAGAUCCGAAGCAGGAACUUAUGCCUCAUCAGAUAUUGUCUCAGAAUUACCAUCUAGUGUCAUGCCUUCAGAAGAAGACCCGAGUUUAGAAUAUGAGCUUUCAGCUCUUCGAGAAGCAAUGGAUUCGGGAUUUACAUAUUUGCUUGCACAUGGUGAUGUGAGAGCGAAAAAGAACUCAUUUUUCUUCAAGAAACUAGUUAUAAACUACUUCUACGCAUUUUUAAGAAGGAACUGCAGAGCAGGUGCUGCAAAUAUGAGUGUACCUCACAUGAAUAUCCUGCAAGUUGGGAUGACAUAUAUGGUCUAAAACUCUUGAUUUGUUUGCCAUCUGAUGGAAUCUCUCCAUCUUAUUGAUAUAUUCAUUACAUUGGCUGCCUAUUUGAAGCUCUA